GCCCCAAGCAUUUCUCGAACUCAAUUCUCUCGGCCUCUUUCUCGUACCCAAUUUAAUUUAAACUAAAAGACUGUAAUUGCACGCCAGUCUGAUGGAUUUUACAUCAACAAUGACCCAACAUUCUUGUCUGUAAAUGAUUUUUUGUAUUCAAGCUCAAUUCCCCUAUCUCAGUAUUAUUUGAUCUCAUGACGACUCUAAACCAAAUUAUCAACUUUGAUUAUGCAAGUGCUUGAGGUAAACCAACAAUCAAAUAUUUCUGUGGUAGUAUAUAUCAUGAUACAUAAUGCCAUAUUUCUCCUCUGUACUCAACUUACAUCACCCUGUUUUAUUAAUUUGAAUCUUGCUCCUCCACCUUCUCCUUUCCUCUAGAUCAGCAAAACCCACUAGAGAGAAGAGACACAAUGAGAUCUGAGCCUCUUGUUCAUGUGUUUCUUGUUUCUUUUCCAGGCCAAGGCCAUGUGAAUCCUCUUCUUAGACUUGGCAAGCUACUUGCCUCUAAGGGUUUGCUUGUCACAUUAUCUACAACCGAAAGUUUUGGGAAACAGAUGAUAAAAGCCAACAACAUCACGGACGAGCCAACCCCAGUCGGUGAUGGCUUUAUCCGGUUUGAAUUCUUUCAGGAUGGAUGGGACGACGAUGAUCCAAGACGCGCACACCUCGAACAGUAUUUGCCUCAACUGGAGCUUGUAGCAAAAGAAGAGAUUCCUCGCAUUAUCAGCAAAUACGCAGAGCAAAACCGCCCUGUUUCUUGCUUCAUCAGCAACCCCUUUAUUCCCUGGGCAUCUGAUGUUGCUGAAAGUCUUGGCAUCCCUUCUGCAAUGCUUUGGGUGCAAUCUUGUGCCUGUUUUGCCGCAUAUUACCAUUACCAUCAUGGGUUAGUGCCGUUUCCUAUUGAAAGUGAUCCUGAAAUUGACGUUCAGUUGCCCUCCAUGCCACUUCUUAAGUACGAUGAAGUUCCUAGCUUCUUGCAUCCUUCAACUCCAUACUCUAUCUUGAAGAGCGCCAUUCUUGGUCAGUUUAAGAACCUUGAAAAGCCCUUUUGCAUAUUGAUGGACAGUUUCCUGGAACUAGAGCCUGAAAUCGUUGAAUACAUGUCCAAGUUUUGCCCUAUAAAGACUGUUGGUCCAUUGUUCAAGAACCCUAAAGCAACAAACAGCACAGUUCGCUGUGACAUCAUCAAAGCCGAUGACUGCAUCGAGUGGCUCAACUCGAAACCAGCCUCGUCAGUAAUAUACAUCUCAUUUGGUUCUAUUGUUUACUUGAAACAGGAACAAGUGGAUGAAAUAGCUAACGCGCUGUUAAACACUGGUAUCUCAUUCUUGUGGGUCAUGAAACCGCCGCCUAAAGAAUCUGGCCUUCCAAUCCAUACUUUGCCUGAAGGCUUCUUAGAGAAAGUAGGUGAUAAGGGCAUGAUUAUCCAAUGGAGUCCACAAGAAAAAGUGCUAACGCACACUUCAGUUUCCUGCUUCGUUUCACAUUGCGGUUGGAACUCAACGAUGGAGGCACUCUCAUCUGGUAUGCCCAUUAUUGCGUUCCCUCGGUGGGGUGAUCAGGUGACUGAUGCUGUUUACUUGGUUGAGGUGUUCAAGACUGGUGUGAGAAUGUGCCGUGGAGAGGCAGAAAACAGGAUAAUCCCAAGGGAGGAGGUGGAGAAAUGUUUGCUGGAAGCAACGGUGGGGCCAAAGGCAGCGGAGAUAAAGAAGAACGCCUUGAAGUGGAAGGUAGCAGCGGAGGCAGCGGUGGCGGAUGGCGGUUCCUCUGAUAGGAACAUACAAGCCUUAAUUGAUGAGGUGAUGAAAAGGAGCAUAGAGCACUUGACUAAUCAAGUUUGCAAGGCAGUGAAAAAAACAUGGAAGAUGGUUGAAAAGGUAGAAGCGUUAAGAAAAGAAGUCAAUCCCAUAAGAGAAUAUGGAUAACGCCUAGUGAACUUUUUAGAUGAGGCAAAGGACCAUUAUGAACAAGUCAAACGCUUCUAUGGAUAUAACUCUAGGAUGGUAAAUUUCAUGUAA